CCCUCUUUGGUGGGCCGAUGACUAUGAAUUUCUAAUACCUGAAGCCCCUCUAACACUAAUUUUCAGCCAUGGGGGACUGGUCCUAUCUUGCUAGUCUUCUGGACAAGGUCCAGUCUCAUUCCACUGUGGUCGGUAAGGUCUGGAUGAGUGUGCUCUUCCUAUUCAGGAUAUUAGUCCUGGGAGCGGCUGCUGACAAUGUGUGGGGGGAUGAACACUCAGACUUCUUCUGUAAUAACCAGGAACCGGGGUGCCAACAUGCCUGCUACAACUGGAUGUUCCCCAUUUCAUACAUCCGUUACUGGGUGCUUCAGAUCCUCUUCGUCUCCACGCCGACUCUGGUCUAUUUGGGCCACGCCGUCCAUGUCAUCCACAGAGAGAAGAGGCUGAGGGAGCAGCUGCAGAACAAAACAGAAGGCGCUCUCUUUCUCAAGAAGCCCAAGUAUACAGAUGACAGAGGGAAGGUGAAGAUCAAGGGGAUUCUCCUACGCAGCUACCUAACCCAACUGGUCUUCAAGAUCCUCCUGGAGGUCGGGUUCGGCGUAGGCCAAUUCUACAUCUUCGGUCCGAUCUUCUUGGUCUCCUUCUUUCACUGUAAACAGAGCCCGCCUUGUGCCCUCUCCAGUGGUGCUGAGUGUUUCAUAUCACGUCCGACGGAGAAGACCAUCUUCAUCAUCUUCAUGCUGGUGGUGGCAGGCGUCUCGGUGCUCCUCAACAUCAUCGAGAUCAUCUACCUCCUCUGUGCCUGGAAGAAAAGGGGAGCUGACAAACAUAUUUAUAACCUGCAGCCUCCUUUUAGCUUACAGCAGCCGUACGUCCACAGCCCGUCCGGUCCGGCGUGGGCAGCCCAGGUGAACAGCCGGCACGGUGGAAGUUUUCCCUCGCCUCCCCCUCAACAGGAGCUACUGGACAUCUGCAAGGACGACAGCUGCAGUGACCUAGUCAGUAAAGAGAAACACACGUGAUGAGGCUUGAUAGGUUUGACUUUAAAGUUGUACUUUUUACUUCUCGGCUAUCAAAUGCUAGGCUUGUUAUUGCACUUGGCCAUUGUGUUGGUGCCAUUCAUGUCCCCUUGACUGCGUGAAAGAAACAGGCACUCUUCUCUUCUCCUGUAUUAACUUGUGAUUUCAGCAUAUGUGUGUUCUUAAUAUGUUGUUUGAAUCCUGAAGAUGCAAGAAUGGCUUUGCACUGCAGUGUGUGUGUUUCCUUUGAGACCACCGUCCUAUAAGUUCUUCUGCAUUUGUGACUGAUUAAGGUUUUAAGGUCUGUGGGGAAUGGAUUUAUGUUUACCCAAAACUGACUUUUUUAUUUACUUUACAUGCAUAGUAUUUUAAACGUAGCUGCUUCUCCUCUUUAUAUGGGUUGUUAUUAGAUUUGUAUUGCACUGGACUGGUGGGGCGUUUUCAAGUACAGAGGACAUGAACUUCAUUCAACACAAACCUUUCCAAGCAUUUCAAGUGGACUUGCUGCUCCACAACGACAGGGAAAGGCUUCGAAAAGUGUUCAUAUGUCUGUCUUAUUUGAUGAGUAAAGUUUGUUAAGUCGAGUUUUGUUGACAGUUUCAGUUUUUAUCUCC